GCGGGCAAGGCGGCGGAGGGUGUCUUGAUGCUCAUCUAUCUAGGCGAGCGCUUCUUCACAAUGCUUGACACUGUUUGAGUGAUACCGCCGGAUACCAUUUCUCUGUUGUCGAGUACACCACAUCCUUUCUCCAACAUCUAUACCAUCCGUGACCAGAACUCUGGACACAGAACAGUAUCACGUCUCAUACCGGUGACGUUAUGAGUAGACCCGCGGCCCUCAGCACUUCCUUGCGAUCCGGCAAUGGCUUUCUUUCUUCCUCCCCAUUGGCGCAACAAUCGAUACUGAGGGAUCUUGCAGAUGCUGAAGAGGAGGAAGGGGAAGGUCAUAGAGUCGACGUGACUGCGGAUGUAGGUGAAGAUCUUGUGACCAGUCACGAACAACAUUUUUCUCUGGCUGGCUCAUACCGAAGAGCUUCCUACGUCGCAUCAGGACCGCGAUCGCUAUUCCCAUCGGCUCAGGCAACAGAGUCCAGGCGAGCAAAUGAACAAGACCGCGAAGCCGCCCUUGCCGAAGAAAGAAGCCUAUUGCGCGACAACCAAUUGAUCCUCCCAAAACACCCUCGAACUACAAGUGCUUUGUCGAAGAAACCUAGCGGGCUGCUAAAGAAGAGCUUUGUACCUGGAUUCGUACCUCGAAAGAGUGGUGCUGAUGAGGAAUCGGCCAUUGAAGACGGAGGACCAGACGAGAAUACAUCUCUGUUAGGGGAUCCUGCUGAGCCUUACGGAGGUGUCGAUCCGGAUCAAAUCGACAAGAGAUGGGAAGAGGCAGUCGCCUCGGGGAAGAUUAAAACGACAUGGCAGAGGGAGGCAAUUGUUUUGGCCAGGUACUCUCGGUCCCUGAUCUUGACAUUUCUCCUACAAUACUCCCUUACUGUGACUUCGGUCUUUACGGUUGGUCACAUUGGCAAGUUCGAAUUAGGAGCCGUUUCUCUUGCCAGUAUGACCGCCAACAUCACUGGGUAUUCAGUAUAUCAAGGUUUAGCCACAAGUCUUGACACUCUAUGCGCGCAAGCUUACGGAUCUGGUAACAAGACUCUUGUCGGUCUACAACUCCAACGUAUGGUUUAUUUCUUGUGGGUCAUCACCGUGCCUAUCGCCAUCGUUUGGGCUUCCGGACCGUACAUAAUCGGUGCAAUCGUACCAGACAAAGCAACCGCGGAACUAGCAGGACAGUACCUACGUGUACUAUGUUUUGGUGCUCCAGGAUAUGCCGCAUUUGAAGCGGGAAAGAGAUUUGUGCAGGCACAAGGUAUGUUCUCGGCGACGCUCAUCGUACUUUGCGUGUGUGCGCCACUUAAUGUCUUCCUGCACUGGCUCUUUGUCUGGAAGUUAAACUGGGGAUUCAUCGGGGCCCCCAUUGCUGUGGUCAUUGUAGAGAAUCUCAUGCCGCUGUGCUUGUUCCUAUAUGUCCGAUUCCUGGGGGGCAUGGAGUGCUGGGGGGGAUUUUCACGUCUUGCGUUCAAGAACUGGAUGCCCAUGAUCCGACUUGCUCUCCCGGGUCUGGUCAUGAUUCUUGCCGAGUAUCUUGCUUUUGAAAUCCUAACACUUUCUGCAAGCUGGAUUUCACCUACGCAUCUUGCAACACAAAGCGUUCUCAGUACAAUCUCGACCAUCACCUAUCAGAUUCCGUUCCCGAUCAGUAUUGCAGCGAGUACGCGCAUUGCCAAUCUCAUUGGCGCUACGCUUGCCGAUGCCGCCAAAGUCAACGCCAAAGUUUCCUUGUAUGCUGCAUUGAUCGUCGGUGUGUUCAACAUGAUCUUGUUGAGCUCUACCAGAGAAUACAUACCGAGACUCUUCACUAAUGACGCUGAUGUUAUCGCUCUUACCGCGAAGACGCUUCCCUUGAAUGCAGCGUUUCAACUAUUCGACUCUCUUGCUGCCCUCUGCAACGGUAUUCUACGUGGGCUCGGUCGACAAGAGAUUGGAGGAUAUGUGAAUCUCUUUGCCUACUACGUGAUUGCCAUGCCUAUCUCUUUUGGCACCGGGUUCGGUCUCCACUGGGAUCUUUAUGGACUUUGGGCUGGUCCUGCGCUUGCACUUGGAAUUGUUGCUGCUGUCGAAGGCUGGUUUAUCUACCAGACCAGUUGGGAGAAGGCUGUCGAAGAAGCUCAGGAGAGAAACACGCAGGGGAUGUCAUAACAGUGUCGUGCUAUGUAGACUGAGUCCCAUGCUCAAGAUCAACGUCGGUCAAUUGGCUGGAGCGCUCCUUGUCCUCCCCGCGAGUUAAACCUUGUCACACCUGUUCACUCUCAUUGAUCAGAACAGAGCGACAACGAGCUAGAGCAAUGCAUAAUCAUAUCUCAUAUCCAGGAAUCUACCAUAGAGAGUCGUUGACAAG